UCCCUCCUUCUCUCCCUCCCCCCCGACAUGGAAAUUCCUCGUUUGACGGAGGUGUGCCGAUUCACCUUUUAUUUAUCGAGCGUGCACUCAUGCCACUGCCGCCGCAGACAUGUGCACACGCCCGCUUUUUACCAUCCAGAGCGCGGCUCAUCAUGUUCAAGCAUCGGCAUCUGGAUGCCCGUGUUGGUGCACAAGUCUGCGUCUGGCAAGUCAGUCGCCCAGCUUCUCAAGACCGACCACCCUUGUCGACACACACCCUUGGAUUCCCCAAUGCAUAUGGCACCGUUCUCGGCCUCCCUCUACAUUACUUUUGGCGACAGGUGGCCCUUUUGCCUGUCUAACCUUGCAUUCGUGGCUGCCACGGUGCCCACCUCCUUCCCGUUGCUCGGCCUUGAUCUUGGCCUUGAUCUUGGCCUUGAUCUUGGCCUUGAUCUUGGCCUUGAUCUUGGCCUUGAUCUUGGGCUGCCUUCUGUCUCUAAUUUAUUCGGGCGGUGGUUUCUUUCAACCCUUGACCUUGUCUGCCUUUACCGCCGCCGCCGCCGCCCCCUUUACCCUGCACUCCAAGCUAGACGCCAUCGAGCCCUUUGGCAAGAUGUUGCCCCCCAUAGACGCUUUUGUUCUCUCGCUUUUCCUACUUCUUUCUUCGCCUUGUCGUCAGUUGCUACGUUCCUGUUAUCGGCGACGCCUUUGUCAUCUCAACACUCUCCUUGUACCCCCUCGACCUUUUUCAUUCUUCGCCUUGGCUUCAUGUUUACGACCUUUGCGAUCUGCGUUUGCCAUACUUUCAGUGCCGUCAAGCGUUCCAUCCCGCACUUUCCGCCACCGGCAGACAUAAUGUCUGGCUCGCUCCGUCCUUUGAGUACAUGGCACCCACUGGUGCUGCAUUUGCCGCGAUGCCCUCCUUGGUCUUGUAUCUGGACCACAGGCCAUUUCUCCUGUGUAUGUGAGCGGCGCUGCGAUUGGAUAU